AUGACCCAAAUCAGAAAGAAGCGAUUGCUAGAUUUGAGCGGUUGCUCUGGAAUUGAAGUGAUUUCACCUAAUGUUAUCUCAAGCUUGAAAAGACUAGAUGACUUGGGAAUGGGAAACAGCUUUAACCAAUGGGAGGAUGAAGGAGUCAAUGUCCAAAGAAGUAAUGCUAGCCUUUCAAAGCUGAAGCACUUGUCUAAGCUAACCUCAUUAGACUUACAUAUUACAUAUGGCAACAUUCUUCCAGAAAACCUAUUCUCUGAUAAGCUAGAAAGAUACCACAUAUUGAUUGGCAAUGCGUGGAAAUGGCAUGGUGUGGAUGAAACCUUCAACACUCUAAAACUCAAGCAAAGCACCCGCAAUCAAUUGGACCAAGGUUUAAAAUUGUUGCUGAAGAGAUCUGAAGCUUUGUACUUGGAUCUCCAUGUCCCAAACAAUGCUGACAUUACAUAUAUCAUUAACUCAAUCCAUUGGAGUUACACUCAUAAUGCCUUCCCCAUCUUGGAGUCCCUAUUUCUUAACAACCUUGUUAGUCUAGAGAGUGUUUGUUAUAGCCAACUCACAGCUGAGUCUUUCUGGAAAUUUAAGAAUCAUAAAAGUGGAAAGCUGUCACAGAUUGAGGAGUCUCUUUUCAUUUUCCGUUACUAG